UUUGUAAAUGUUCGCUUACGCUUCUUAGUCGAGCACUAGGUGUGGACUUCGCUUUUGGUGGUGGGUCCUGAGUCACCAAUCAUCAAUGUCGAGACGAAGGUUUUAUAAUUUUAUAAAUACAACAUAUAAUAGUCAAUUAUAUUCCUAUAAAACAAUUCGUUUUAAAAUUAAUAAAACGAACUAAGCACUGCAACGAAAAGUCGAGGGGAUCAUUUCGUACUUACUGGAAUUCAGCCGACGGGCACUUCAGUCAUAGAGGAACAUGCCUGCAUGAUUCAGCACCCAUACCUACCACUGGCUACUCCAACUGCUCACGAGAUUAAAUCUACAAGAGGCAAUGGCACGAAGCGCACAGCGAUACCAUUCACGAUACACAAUAGAGCGGGUCUUGUCUAGAUAAUGCAUGUUUUAGUUUAUUUUGUGGAGUCUAAUCACAAAAGCUGUGAGUUUCGUUCGCUUCGUCAAUAUUUAGGUCGCGGUAUUUUGAGUCUGGAAUCAAUGAGGCUUUUUCAAAAUUGAGGAACCUACCCGUCGAUACCUUUCAUCACUUUUCUAACCUUAUCUCCGUGGCCUCCCCUUUUCCACUUUACAGCAAAGAUAGUUGUUCCGCGACUCUUGUAAUAACCACACCAUCACGUAACACUAGCAUCCAUUUGUAGGCGACCGAUCAUUGCAUCGAGCUCGUCCGCUCGGAGGUCCGAAGGGGACUCCGAGAGGGCCAGGUCUGACUCAGACUCACGCGGCCAUAAAUGGAGACACGUGCAAGCUGUCAUGGCAUACUACCAGGCACUCAGGAAAAUAAAGAGAACGAAGUCCAAUCAAAGAUGGAUGAAAUUAAGAACUACGGUUCAACUCAGCUCAGCGAUCCAAAAGAAACCGACCCUGAAGAGAGAGGAUUCAUUCUUGAAGCGGUUUUCAACGCGCCAGAUACCGGAAACACAAGAAACAGUGGAAGACACUGGGUCAGAAGGGGCAACCGGAGAGCACAGAUCUACCACUCGACAGAGGCGGAGGAAAGUGCGUGCGCCUAGAACUGUUGUUAACCCAGAUGAGAAUUUUUACUUCUACUGGCUCUGGCUCAUUACACUCUGUGUGCUCUAUAAUUUGUGGACUCUUAUCGUGCGCCAGAGUUUUCCUGAGCUUCAGAUGAUGUGCCAUUACUUUUGGUUAACCUGUGACGGUAUCGGCGACCUGGUAUUCGCGUUGGACCUAGUGGUGCAGCUUCGCACUGGGUAUUUGGAGCAAGGGCUUAUGGUGUACGACUCAAAGAAGCUAGCAAAGCACUACCUGUCAUCCCGACCGUUCCUUCUGGAUCUGGCGGCGCUGACGCCCUUGGAUCUGCUGCAACUUCGCAUCGGCAUUAAUCCUAUCAUACGAUUUCCCAGGUUUCUCAAGGUGUACCGAGCUGUAAGCUGCUACUACAUAGUUGAGUCUCGAACGGUGUACCCCAACUUCUGGCGCGUCAUUAACCUCAUCCACAUCCUGCUCAUCCUGGCACACUGGUUUGGUUGCUUCUACUUCCUGCUCUCCGAGGCUGAAGGCUUUCAGGGUGACUGGGCGUACCCGCACCGACCCGGUGACUAUGCGACUCUUACCCGGAAGUACCUGGGCUCUCUCUACUGGUCCACACUCACCCUUACAACUAUCGGAGACUUGCCCACACCCGAAACUAAUGCUGACGCGCUCGGACGCCCCAAAUUUCUGCCACGCAGGGGACUCAAGUCCCGACUUCUGCAGUUCAGGUCUAACCGAGGAUAUGUGUUCACAAUAGUGAGCUACUUGAUUGGUGUAUUUAUAUUCGCAACCAUAGUGGGCCAAGUUGGCAAUGUCAUUACAAACAGAAAUGCGAACAGGCUCGAGUUUGAGAGGCUUCUCGAUGGAGCCAAGACAUACAUGAGACAUCAUAAGGUUCCGGGUGGCAUGAAGCGUCGUGUGCUCCGUUGGUAUGACUACUCGUGGUCCAGGGGUCGCAUCCAGGGUGGAGGUGACAUCAACACAGCUUUAGGUCUGCUUCCCGAUAAGCUAAAGACUGAGCUCGCACUUCACGUCAAUCUUAGCGUGCUGAAAAAGGUAACAAUAUUUCAAGAGUGUCAGCCGGAGUUUCUUCAUGAUUUGGUUUUAAAAAUGAAAGCUUAUAUUUUCACACCCGGAGACUCUAUUUGUAGAAAAGGUGAAGUAGCACGGGAGAUGUUUAUCAUAGCUGAUGGGAUCCUGGAAGUGAUUUCGGAAACAGGCCGCGUUCUUACCACCAUGAAAGCCGGAGAUUUCUUUGGGGAAAUCGGUAUUCUAAAUCUCGACGGUUUAAAUAAGCGUACCGCAGACGUACGGUCUGUGGGUUACUCUGAGUUGUUUUCCUUGUCUCGCGAAGACGUCCUUGCAGCCAUGAAGGACUACCCAGAGGCGCAGGAUAUCUUGCAGACACUCGGCAGGAAGAGACUUCAAGAGGCCAAGAGCAUGGCGCGGCAGAAGCCCAAGAACGAAGUUAGUCCCGACAAGACGGGAGGCGACGAUAGCACUUCAAAGCGAAUCGUCCAUAAGCUGCGUACCGAUGUCAAAGGUAUCCGCAACGCAAUCCGCCGAUCGCGCGGUGGAAGGCGAUCGGGCGAAACCUUAGAGAUGCGAGCCAUGUCCGACCCCAAAGUACUCCGCCGCAUGCCUCGCGUGCACAGCGACGACUCACAGCACCAAGAGGAACAGGCUGGUGAUUCUGCGCAUAAAGAGACUGAAAAAACAGUAUCUCCUCUCGGAGCGGGUUUACCUCUGCUUUCACGAUUAAAACUCCUUAAGGAAAAACAGGAUCGAGAGGAGAAAGUGGCAAAGCAGUGGCAUCUAACAGCAUCAGUAGUGUCGCCUCCGCCCCCGCAACCGACUCCAUCCACUAGUUCCGCUCUCGACGCGGAACCGGAAGUCAUCGGUGCUGGCCUUCCUCUUAUACAAAGAUUACUUCUUCUAAAAGCUAAAGAAGAGAGAGAAAAAAAUCAACUUACACCUACGUUGAGUAACCAGCCCUCAAGCUCUGACACCAUUAGCCCCAAUUCUCUGAAGAGCCCCUUAAGUCCAACGAUCAAAACCUUAAGCCCGUUUCGAAAAGGCUCAGAAUCAAGCUCACCUGGCAAAUUUUCAAAUUCAAGGAAAAAUUCUUCGGGGUCCAGUGACGGAGCUUCCAAACCAAAAGUCAGUUUUAGGAAUAAAAUACUGCAAGUACAGAGUGACGGCACUGCUGUAUGUCAACCGCUUAGUAAAGAAAUUACCGAAAAACCGGCUGCAGUCGUUGAACCUACCCCUAAAACAGAAAGUAGUUUAAUUUCAAUUCCACAUUCAGUAGUCAGUAAAAUAAAAUCACCAGCUAAAGUGGUAGGUUCGACAUUCCGAGAUAAGUUAAGAUUAUUGCAAAAUGGAUCAAAUAAAGACAUCGAUAGAAAUAAAUUGCCCUUACCUGAUAAAAGUUCAGUUGAUGUUACUCUGGUUCAGAAAAAGGAUAGUCAAGAGGAAAGUAAAACUAAGAAACCUUGGAGUAAAUUAAAGAAAGCUGCAAUAUUAGGCGAAUCUAAAAGCUAUAGUAAGAGUAGUUUAGACCAAAUUAAUAGUGACACAUCCAAACAAUGUGCAAAUGAGAGGAAAAUUGAAAGUGGAAAUUUGAGUAGUCAUACGCCUGUAAUUAACACGGCAGAGCUUGUCAAAAUAGAUAAUAAUAACGUAGAGAUUAAUAGAGACUGCAUUAAUAGUAGUAAGCCUAAAUUAUGUGUUACAAGUUCUGAAGCCGAUCAAGAAAAAUCUUUAGAUUUGUUAACUUCUUCCCCGAAGAAGACGGAGAUAAAAGUCCAUGAAGCAAAAAAAGUUAUUACGAUGGGAACAAUUUUGUUGCCUAAGGUAAAAAAAUAUAAAUCAAUAGACGAUCUAUCCCCGGAGUAUGGAGGACUCCCUUUUGUAAAAAAAUUAAAAAUAUUAAACGAAAGGCAAAAAUUAGCUGAAUUAGAAAAAGUAGUUAAAAUAAGAAGUUCUAGUUUAGAUUGUGCAAGUUCUUCGGAAGACUUGCUUUCCGAUACCCUAACUCGUAGUCAUUCAGAAGGAAGCACAAUGGACAAAAGAAAAUACAAAAGAAAAUCUUCUGAUUCUAUAGGCAGCCAUGAGUCUAAUGAGACGUUAGAGAGACGAACGUUAAAGUCUAUCUUGAAAAAGUUGUCAGAAGACGUAACGCCUGCAGAGAGUCCACAAAGAGGCAAAGAAUUACGAAAAUUAAUUCGAGCACCAACGUUGGAAGGUUAUGCUGCAAGACAUUCCAAAUUUGCUAAAAGCGUGACUUUUCAUCGUCAUACGCUGCCUUCUCCACCAGGCAGUGCCUUGUCUGAUAUAGUAGACGAUGUGUUCGAACUGCCAGAACCAAAGAAAGAGCCACCAAUACAGACAGAAUCAUCCACUGAUACUCCAUUUUUGCAAAGUCAAAUCGUAAAAUCAAGUCCGGAUGUAAUUAUACCACGUGAAGAUUACAGCAUAAAUAUUAAAUCUGAGUAUGAAUUACAGCAAAAUUUAGAUUUUCAAUCACUCCGGCCUGAAGAUAUAAAACUGCCUUCUGAAAAACCGAAAAUCACAUUAAUAUCAGCAGUUGCUAAUCAAAGGAAACUUCUACGAGCAUCUUUAGAAGAACAAGAAUACUUUGGAGAAGUAUUGUUGGGCAUCAAACAAGUUAUUGAAGGGCAUUUAUACGAAGUGCAAGGAAAAUUUCAAGAAAGAUUCGCUAGUUUAGAAAGUGAAGUAAGAAAACGAGACGAAAUAAUCUGUCAACUACAGAAUAGAAUUCAAGAAUUAGAGAGACUAGGUUUGUCGGCCCCAUUGUCUAUGAAAACCAGUAUUGAGCCCGGUCUUGAAGAAAAUGGAAACAUACCCAAUCUCAAUAAUGAUAGCUCAGCUAGUGAGGGGUCAGAUGUUAAUGAAGGUUUUAUGAGAGGAGAUUCUCUUGAUACAGUAUUUGCAACAUCUCCGGGUGACGAUGACAAGAACAAACCGCCUCUCAAAUUAGCUCCGUCAUCCAGUAAACACGUAUCAAAUGACGAUUUGACUGAAGAAAAGUUAGCAGAACUAACUGGUGGGAUUGAACUGUCGAAAUUAACAUAUUCAGAAUUACAAAGUUUAGCUGAAUCGAUAUCAAGUAGAACUACUAAAGCUUGUUCCAAGAAAGAGACGUGGAGCGUCAGCAAGUCAAAGAGGCUGGACUUAAACCUAGAUGGGAAAGCCGGGACUUAUUCAAGGAAACGCGCAGCCAAAGUAAAACAAAGAAAAUCGUGGGAUCAAUAUCAGAGCGAUCAGGAAACAGUGGAAAUGCAGAAUUUUACAAGAUCAAUGUCGCCACAAAUAACAUCAGAAAAUCGAUCGUUACUAAGUCCCGAGCAGUCGAGUCUGAGGUCCAGUAGACGAGGAAUGCCAUUCCACUUUUUCGGAUCCCAUCUGGAUAACACCAAAUCUAAAAUCAAGAAAACUCUUUCUGUAGAUACUGGCAUGCAUCAUACUGGAAGGAAAAAAAAACAAAGUCGGGACGAGCGCAAAUUUAGCUUAGGAUCAUUUUUUGGGUCACGUCGGGGGAGCGGGUCACAACAAGAAAAAUCGCACUGCAACGACGUAGUGCUGGAUAUCGGCAGCGAUGCCAGUUGGAGCAACACGACAUCGACAUCGUCCAGCGAUUCAGAGUCCAUUCCUCAUACCCCAGUAUUUGAAGAGUUCGUGGACAGCAAGCGAUUUUGUCAAAGAGCGGGACAUGGAAAUAAUUCUUCUGUUAGAGGUUUCUCUGGAAGUGGAGGAGACUGGGAGUUGAUGAUGCUGGCUGAUGAGUUGGAGAGGCGAGAAAGGCGUGACGACGGUCGAGCUCUACUGCCUCCCUAUCCAUCUGCUCUACGGGACCUUGAGGAGGAGUCUGACAGUCCACAACGCGAGGACAGCGCGGACGACGUGUCCAACCUAGAGGAGUCGUCCUCGAGUACGCAACUACUAUCGCAGUCCCUCAGUGACCACCUCGAAACUUCCUUCACUGAACACAGAAGAAUCCCGCACCGCCUCGGCUCGUUGGGAGACCAGCCGAGGACGGAGGCUUCCCGGAUGAUGGUCCGAGCAUCGAGCCUCGACCCUGCCCCUCGCACCGCACCUCCUCCCCGCCGCGCCACCUCGCUUCGUAGCUGCAGCGACACUCAUCGCAAACGGCUAUGAUCCGCGACCUUACUUUUACCCUUUUCACAUACACUACUUACGUGAUACAUCCACCUCUGACUUUCAAUAAUGAUUAUUUAAACCAAAAAAUAUAUCAUAAGUUCUAGUCUUAUAUAUAAAUGGCCUUUUAAGCAACAACAUAAUAUGUAGUAUAAGUACCUGUGACAGAAUACUGAGAAAUAUUUCAUAUUAUCUAUUGACUAUUAUUUCAAAUAUUAAAUUCAAUUCGCCAAAUUAAAUCGAUAAAAUUAAUUAAGUAUAUGCGUUUAAGGAACAUAGAAACGAACGAGAGAAAGCUAGUUAACCCAACCGUAAUUAUUUUUAUUUAACAAAAUAGUAUAAAUUAAAUCAAGAAAUAAUAAUGAUGACUAAAUGUUUAUUUUUCCGAAUAUGUUGUAUACCCUAAUUAAAAGCUUAUGUUUAGAAGUAGAUCAAGUAAUGCCAUUUUUGAUCAAUACCUGCAUCUCAAAUUGUACAACCGAAAAUAGAAAAAACAACUGUUAUCUGCUUAAUCAUAUACAUAAUCAUAACAAACAACACUUUUAGAAUUGUUAAUAUAAAAGUUAACAAUUUAAUAUAAUUAGUUGAACAACAUUUUAAAACAAGCGUGUUUUUUUAUAAGUGAACAGAAAAAUUUCUGUAGAUAUAAUGCGGUAGACCAUUUUGUCCUUCGUCUGUUAUAUUAUAACGCUAUUACAGAAUAAAGUCCAAAGCAGAACGUCCCAAAUAAUAGCUACCAUUUUUAUAAAUGAAUUUAUACCAUUAAAGUAGUUGUCAACGAUUUUACUUUAAACUUAAUCUUAAUUAUGUUUCACUGGAAUUGCAAAAUAUGUAGCACAAGGGGUAAAUAGCAAAACAUAAACUUUAAAAGAUAUAAAAAAAUAAUAUUAGAAAAAUUGUUAUUGUACAUAAUAAUAUUAUAAUAUUAAUAACUGGAUUUGUAUUAAACGAAUUUUCCAAGUUCAAGCACAAGUGUUACUAUUAUAUAAUAAACAUUCAAAAAUAGGUAGCUAAGUGUCAACUGUUUGAUAUUGAUGUGAAUUACUCGUAGACCGUAGUAUGUUUUAGUUGGAUUUAAACACCAUUAAAUGCUGUUUAGUAUCUUAAAAUAAAAUGAGUGAAAAUUUGAAUCGAUAUUUCCCUAAAAUCGAACAUAUAAUAUAUGUAUAUUGUAUAUACCUACGCAUUUGUUAUAUUGUCAUCUAUCAAAGGUUUAAAAGAUUUUUAAUUUAUUAUCAAGAUAAUUCGUUUUAGAUAUAGAACUCUAUAAUAUAACAUUAUGUGCCAAUAAUGCAAUGUGUAGAUUGGUAAAAUAAUUUAAUUAAGGAUGUAAAUUGUGAAUAAUUAUUAAAUAUGUACCCUACAUAACCCAUUUUGUAAGACCGAUUAGUACCGUAAUGUAGGUAUUCCUAUUUGUGUACACCACACGAGACAUUGAUAUUAUGUAUAAUUCUAAAAAAUUAAAACAAAUAAUUUAAUAAAUAAUAGGUAUGAAUUUUUUUUUUAAACAAUAGGUACUCAUAUCGUAUCACAAAUUACAUUACUAAUUGAAUACUUUUUUGAUCGCCGUUUCGUUAUUAUAUUUAUAUUAUAUGUAUUUCCAAACUGUAAUAUUUUUUAUCCAUCAAAAGUAAUAUGACUAAUUAUAGCAAUAAACUGAAAUAUUUCUUGUGCAGUAACCAACUUUUCCUUUAGUUAUUUGUUACGUUCAUAAUAAUAAUUAGUAAUAAUAAUUUCUGUUAAUUUUAGAAAGAAAUCGGAUGUAAGGAAAUUUAAUUUAAUAUACUUACUUAUAAUAGAGAUUAGAUAUACGUAAAUGAAAGGAAGAAAUAAAAGAUAUUAA